UGUUUACACUCAUGAAACAUCCUCACAGUGUGUUCAAAACCGCUUGAACAAAUUGAACUGUUUUUGUGAUUCGGUCUAAUGUACAUACAUAUACCCCAUACAUGAUUCAAUAAUUAUUGAAUCAUGGCAUAAACCCAGUUCGUUUGUUUUCACUAACACUUUUUACAUACGAGUUUACAAUUAAAUUUAUACAUUUUUCUUUGACAUAUAAAUUUAAAAAGUGAAUUUAUUGCAUACAAUUAUUUCGAAUCGCUUAAAAAAUUCUUAGUAAUGAACUCACCGCUUGGAUCAUAUCAAUAUGGCGGCCGCCCCGUAAAAACAACGGAAAAUCAGGAAAAAACUCUGCUCGAACAAAUUGCAUUUGUGUGCUCAUUUCUAAUAUUUUUGGCAUUCUUUCCACUUUCAUUACUUGUCUGUUUGGCUGUGAUGAUGGAAUUCAAACGCGCAGUUGUAUUCCGAUUGGGGCGUUUAAGGUGAGCUUUGAGUAGCGAUGAAAAGCAUAAUUGGCUUAGUUUAUUUGAGGCAGUUAUGACGAUCAGAGAGAGAUUUUACUCUGUGCGUGUCCAUGUAAAACACAGUUAGACACUUCAGAGCGGUGGAGGGCA